ACUGUUCAUUUUUCAUCAUAUCUGUAAAGCUUAAUUUGAAAUGACUUUUCCUCCUGGAAGUCUCAGAGCGUCGUGUGUUAGCUUAGCCUGUUAGCUGUGCUCAGACUGUAUCACUUUUGAUGGAUCAGAGACACUUGAAUGGAGAUCAGACUGUUUCUCUUUUAGGCCAGAGAGAUUCUUGUUGAGAUUGCGUGAAAACCUGAGAAAGUUGAAGAAAGGAUAACUAACAGAUGGAGGAACCGACGCGCAGUGAGCAGAUGGGCUCUGACGUCCAGAUGCUGUUGGUGAUCAAAGAGGAGCAGAGCUGGAGUCCCACACCAGAUCAGGAGGACCAGAAACCCCCACAGGUUAAACAGGAGGAGGAGGACACUGAGAUCACCAAAUUCAUAUUCGAUCCUGUCCGUGUGAAAAGUAAAGAUGAUGAAGAGAAACCGCUGCUCACAGAGCUUCAUCUCAGUCAAAAGGAGGAGAAAAGAGACUCUGAUCUGGGUGAAUGCUUAGAACAAUAUCCACAGGACAAAACUUCUGACUCAGAGACGGAUGUCAGUGAUGGAAACUGGGAGGAGAGCGUUCAGACGGCGUCGCGUUUAGACUCUGUGACCAAUAAGGAGACCCCUGUUGGCUUUAACUGCUCUGAAUGCGGCAAAACCUUCACCAGAAGACAAUAUUUGUCAGAACACUACAGAAUCCACACAGGAGUAAAACCUUUCGUCUGCUCCAUCUGCAGCAAAGCUUUUACAUGGAAAAACGGGUUAGUGCGACACAUGAGAGCUCACAGUGGAGAAAAACCUUUCAGCUGCUCAUUCUGUGACAAAACUUUCUCCUCCAAAAAGAAUUUAAUGGAACACACAAAAGUCCAUACAGGGGAAAGACCUUACAGCUGCUCCUUCUGCAAGGCAGCAUUUAAACGAAGUCACACUUUAAAGGAACACACAAGAACCCACACUGGAGAGAGACCUCACAAGUGCUCGAUCUGUGGCCUAAGCUUCAGAUACAGGUCAUAUCUAGUUGUUCACGUAAGAGCUCACGCUGAAGUUAAACCUUUCAGCUGUUCUAUCUGCAAUGGAACGUUUAAAAGGAAGCUCUCCUUAGAGGAACACAUAAGAUCCCACACUGGAGAAAAACCUUUCAGCUGCUCAAUAUGUAAUAAGAGUUACUCCCGCCAGUUAGGUCUGUCACGCCACAUGAGAUGUCACACAGGAGAGAGACCUUACAGCUGCACCAUCUGUCAGGCCACAUUCAGAUGGAGAUACGCAUUUGUGAACCACACAAAGAUCCAUACAGGGGAAUCAUCUUAGCUGCUCAGACUGUUUUCAAAGCAUCAUUUGGUCUCUGAUAGCUGAGUUUAAGCUGUUGUGGUUUCAACUAUGAUUUGCUAAUUGUUAAACUGGAUGUGAGAGCAAAGCAUACAAGCGACUGCUCCCUCCUCUCAUAUAUGGCGUAUCAUUUAGGGACAGAAGAUAAAUAUCCAAACACUAUUAAGAAGAAAACGGAAAACAUUCAGAAUCUUAUAAUAAAAUAAGACCCAGAAAAAAGGAGGCACAGGCCUUUUCUUUUUGAAAUUAAAACAUAUGAUUUAUUUUUAAGGUUAAAAAGAAAAAAGACACAAAACUAAAGUCAAAUCUGGAUAUAUGUGCUCUAUUUUUUUUACCCAAUUUUAGAGCAUUUUCUAUGAACUUCUAUCAAUUUAAUUUAAAGAAAAACAUUAUUUUUAUUAUAAAAGAAAAUAGGGAUAGAAUGCAUUAAAAUUGUUCAAAUGAGUGGUACCCAUCUUUUUCUUAGACUUAAACUUUAUCGUCAUUUUGUUCACACAGAGUAUACAAAAUGAAUUGUUAUUUAUACAGAUUCAAGCAGUGAAUGAGCAGCAGCUUAGCAAUGUAAAGGAACAUUUCCAUUCAUAAAGUGCAGCAGUGAUCAAAUGUAAACAGUGUGGAAGAGACAUGGUGCAACAAGGCAUUGAUGUCUAAUAGAAUUAUCUAAUAUAAUGAUUUGACAUUAACCUUGAGUCCUGAGGUGACAAGACAUAAAAGGUAAUAUUUUUUGUUUACCAAAAGUGUUUUAUUUGGAAGUGUCUUGACAAAUCCCAAGCAAAUCUCAAGCAAGCUGCUGACGUCUGUUUACCUGCAUGAAUUUUCAGUUAAAGUUGGUGAACCCAUGAAACCUUUGAGGGGGGUGCCAGUGAGGCAGUUUUAGACACAUAAGCAGGAUUUUAACAUAAUUCCUGGGGGAUUUAUAUAAAACUGACUUAGUUCAAAAACCAGGCUUAGCUGGUCAUGUCUGGCUUAUUCUGCUGUUUUUCUGGGUUUCAUAAUCCUGCCUCGUUCUGAGUCUGACUCUGUUUUUUGCAGACAAGCAGAGUGGCACAGUGGAAGUGUGCUGGGCUCAUUAGCCAGACGUCAGUGGACCUAAACCACCAUAAAAGUGACUUUAGGGGAGGCGGCCCAGUGGUUAGGGCAUUGAGCUUGGAAUCCUGAGGUUCUGAGUUCAAGCCCCACUCCCACAGUCUGCCACUCUGGGUCUCUGAGCAAGAUCCUCAACCCCACACUGAUCCCCGGGCCCUGCACAAUAGCAGUCCACUGCUCCCCAAGGGGAUGGGUUAAAUGCAGAGUUAAAUUUUUCCAAUGUGAGAUAUAAUAAAGUUCUAUUAUUUAUUAUACCCAGUAACUUAGCCAGGUCGGGACCAGGAUUAGACUGAUUCUGAUUGGUUUAACUUCAGUCAGAAUAAGCCGUCCAUGUCUGUCUCUGAGUGAGUUUUAUGAAGUACCUCUCAGAUCUAUUUACCAUGUCUGAUUCAAAGGUGUCCCAUGUAUGGAUGUAUGAUAUUUAUAGAGAAAUAUAAUAAACAUUAAUAUGCA